AUGCUUACGAUGGGAGUUCUCCUCGUUAUCCAGGCGGCGGUUCUGCCUCUGAUCCUGGUUGCGACUUACUUGCUUGCAUCAACAAUUUACAAUCUUUACCUUCACCCACUCUCUAGAUUUCCCGGCCCUUAUUCAGGCCGUGCUCAGGACUUAUGGAUUUCGCGUCAAUGGAUAUCGGGCAACUGGCCUUGGGAAGUAGAGGCCUUACACGCUAAAUACGGAGACAUCGUCCGCAUUGGCCCUAAUGAGUUAUCGUGCGCGCAUCCGCAAUCGAUCAAAGACAUUUAUGGGCAGUCCAACAUCAACCAUCCUCAGUUCUUUAGGAAGUUCACAACUUUCUACAAGCAAACAGACGUGGGCGGGUCCAUCGGCACCGAAGUUGACCCACAUGUACACCAAACCAUCCGGAAACGGCUGGCGCCCGGCUUCAGUGCAAGCGCUUUAAGGAAGCAAAGCGAUAUCAUCAUACGGCAUAUCGAUUCUCUACUCGAUCAAGUCUCGAAGCACGGUGCCAGCCCAGAAGGCAUGAACAUGAGCCAAUGGUUUAUGUGGCUUGCAUUCGACGUGAUUGUCGACCUUUCCUUUGGAGAAGAGCUUGGAACGGUUGAAUUAGGCCAGGGCAAUGAUUGGAUCAACAUGUUAGCCAACAGCGGUUUCCAAAUAGCCUUGGGCUACGUAGUCCGUCGUCGAUGGAAAGCAUUGCAAGACGUCGUACGAUCCUGUCUUGUAAACGAGAAGAGCAAAGCGAUGCGAACUAAGUAUAUCGCCAACGCUCGAGAGAAAGCUAGUCGUCGGCUUCAAAGGGGAGCAGAUGUAGAACGUUUUGAUUUCUUCAGCCACUUGUUACGCGACAAAGCUCCUGAAGCAAAUAUUGACUUUUUCGCGUCUCAAGGCACUACGCUGGUUGCUGCUGGUACCGAGACCACGUCAACCUUCAUGUCUGCGCUCACCUACUAUCUGCUUCAAAAUCCGCGAGCCUUGCAUCGACUUCAGGAGGAGCUUCGACAUACCUUUCGGCAGCACACGGAGAUCGAUGGUGAAUCAACGAAAUCAUUGACGUAUCUCAACUCAGUCAUUGAGGAGGGCAUGCGUGUAUUUGCUCCUGCUCCGUUUGGUCUGCCUAGAGUCAGCCCAGGGGCCGAGGUCACGGGAGAGUGGAUACCAAAAGGGACUGUUAUUUCAACUGCAGCACAUGUAACUUCUCGUGACGAGAGAUGGUUUUAUAAAGCCAAGGAAUUCCAUCCAGAGAGAUGGCUAUCUCAAGAGCACCCACACUAUGAGCCCAUCUUCUCCAAUGACCGGAAGGAGGCUUCCAAGCCCUUUUCUGUUGGUUCACGAUCCUGUAUUGGUAUUCACUUGUCCUACAUGGAGAUUCGUAUUUGUGUUGCAAAACUGGCGUGGAGCUUCGAUUGGGAACAGGUGAGCGAACAUGAGGAUUUUGUCCGGGAUGCGCGUUUGCUGGGACUUUGGAAGGCCGCGCCAUUCCAUGUGCGCUACCUCCCGUUUAAGGGGCUUGAGGUUUAA